AGGUUUAAUUAAUUCUUGUUACUUCCGCAAAUAAACGCCGCUAUCUGUCACAGAUCGCCCACAGCUCCACAAUAAAGUGACUCCAACUGACCAGGACUCCCCCCACCCACCACCUAGCCGCGCGCCAAGCCAACAGAAAGAGAGAGAGAGAGAGAGAGAGAGGGCGCACAUUUCCAGGAAUCCAAAGAUUUGAACGCACACAUCAUAUACAAGUGGCUAAAGGACUAGCAGUUUUGUGUUCACUGAAUUAGGAUUAUAUACUAAGACUAUGUUCUUGUAGACGCCCUGCCUAGUACAGAUGUCCCGCUGACAGACAAAACAGACGGAUAAUUUUUUAAUGGCUCUGACCUUGGCUCUACAGCCCAGACUAACGAGGCUCCCCAAUGACGUCGGAUUACGUGGCUGAUCAAGCAGCCUAGUGGGUGGUAACAAGAUGUCAGUCCCAGGGCAAUGGUCCAAUUACCGGACGUGAAUCUGUAGCAUCUGAACUUGCCCUCGGCUCUGAGAUUUUGUUAUGUAAAUGUGGAACAGUUCUAACACUUCCUCUUCAGACUGAGGGAUCAAUCAGUGAAAAAAAGUAGACAGACUAUGGAGUAUAUUCAAUGUCUCUCCGUGGGAGACGUCGGGUUCUUCCCCUUAAACGAGCCCACAAACGUCGGUGUAGGCGCCCCAUGGAGAUGCUACUAAACAUCACCGAGAUGAUCCUGGUGCCCAUCAGCGCCCACGCCGUCAACGUCAGCUUGGCGGCGACGUCCUCCACGGCGUCGGCCUCCGCCCUGGCCGACGCCACCGGCACGCUGGCCGGGUACUCCUUCCCCCUGAACAUGAACGAUACGGACGGCGAGGCCGCCCCGGACGGAGGGGAACAGAGCAUGCGGACAGUGGGGUCAAGUUUCGAGGACUCACAGCUCGUCAGCAAACACGUCAUGGACAAGACGACCAUCAUCUUUGUGAUGAUCCUGAUUCCAAGUUUCUCGGUGUUUGGCUCAGUGGGCAACAUCCUCAGUCUUCGUGUGCUGGUACACCACAGGAUGAGGAACGCUACCAACAUGGUGCUGGCGGCUCUGGCCGUCUCAGACUUACUGUUCUUGUUUCAUGCCUUCUACUUUUCAUUCCUCAAGUUUCUACUGCAGCGCAACCCGCCGGCCGGGGAGUACCUCAGAGUGAUGACUUUCCCUUUGUUGGGCUCCUACGGGAGCGUGGUGACAGCGCGGAUCACAACCUGCUUGACAACCAUGCUGAGCGCCGAGAGGCUGGUGGCCGUCUACUUUCCCAUGAAGGCCAAGGUCAUGUGCGGGAGGGUCAUGACCACCACCUGCAUCAUCCUGAUCUACCUGGUCACGGCGGUGGUGUUCAUCCCCAUGGCGCUCAAGUACUACGGCUUCUGCAAGACCAUCAACAACCAGACCAUCUACGGCAUGGGUCUGACCGAGCUCGGCCACAACACCGUCUUCUACCUGGUCUACGGCAACGUCCUGAACGUCCUCUUUCGCCUUAUCCCCAUCCUCGUGCUCAUCCUGGUCAACAUACUCAUCGCCUGCGCCAUCCACAAGACCUGGUCCAUACGCCGGUCCAUGUCCAACGGCAGCUCGGCCACCUACGAGCAGAACCGUAUCACCUUGAUGCUCCUGAUGGUCUCGCUGGUCUUCCUCGUCUGCAUCCUCCCCGGCGCCAUCCACAGCAUUGUCAACCAAAUGUACAAGCAGUACUCAAGGCAAGGCUCGCAGAGCAACAUCUACGACGUCAUGGGGAGCGUGACGUACUUCCUGGAGACGGUCAACUCGUCCGUGAACUUCGUCAUCUACAUGGCCUUCAGCACCAAGUUCUGCCGGACUUACAAACAGAUCUUCUGUUGCUCCGGCCGGAGGAGCAUCAACAGAAACUCCGCCAGGUCCGUCAUCCGGUUCUCCUCCCGCCCGCAGAUGGGCUCAAGGUCGAGCAUGACCAGCUAUCGCGAACUGUACUUCCUGAAUCAGCUGGGGAAGGGGAAAAUCUCCAGCUUCGCGGAGCGAGAAAUCAACGGCAAGCCCGUCAGGAAGAACGGUUUCGUCAACGGCACCGGAAGCAUCGUGGAGGAAGGCGGAAAGAAGAUCUUCAGAAGCAAGUACUCCAUCAGCGAGAGCUACAGCGGACACAGCCACAGCGGGCAAAGCAGCCAGGGUAAGCUGGACAGUUCCAAGGGGGAGAGGUACAGCCAGCAAAGUGCCCAUAGCAGCCACAGCGCCGAGCCAACAGCAGAGGACAUGUACAGUUGACGGUGUCAUACUGCAUAUGUGUAGAACCAGCUGCACAUCUGCAAUGUGUCCAAGACUCUCACCGGAUCACUGCACACUCGAGUGGUCCACGCGGAACAUCUCCUACUCAAGUACUUCACGAGACUUUGUCGUCUCACAGGGACAUUAGGCACUAACCACGAUGUGCACUUUCACCGUAUGAGUUCAACUCCAAGAAUUGUUGAUGUGCUCAUUCUUCAAACGACACGAUCUGAUUUGUGAUUGGGUGGUUAUUUAAAACAACAAGCUCUGCUUUUCGUCCUUUUUCGUUGCCUAAAGGUUCUUGAAGAUAUUCCAUUCAAUAGUGGAACUGGAUAUGACAAAGCUAUUGGAAUAAUAUUUUCAUCAAUUGGAAAGUAUCAAAUGAGCAGUAAAUAAGACCAUUUCAGUUCCUUUUGGAUAUAAGGUUAUUAUCAUUACAAGGUGGACAAUUCAGUUCGGAUAUAUUCUUAUCUAGACUGGAUGGAUAGUCACUUCACAGAGAUCAAGUUGACACAAGUCUAGAUCAGAUAUGGUCCUUCACAGGCUUUCCUUGUAACACGCCUACACACACAGACACACACAGACAACAAUUCAGUAGCCUGCUUAUUUAAAUCGUCUACGGUGACGGACAGAGGUAACAACACUCACACGUAGUAUUUAACUCCGCUAACAAGAAGAAGAAGAAUGACAUAUUUUGCAGUAAGGUUAACACACACACACAAUCGGUGAAUUUCGCUGGUGUUUGAGACACCAGCACAGACACUAUCCUGUUAGAUGAUGUUGCAAUGUUGUAUUUAAGUCAACAGACGUUCAAUUCAAGCCUAACGUUCACGUACAAACCGAUAAGACCGUUGUGUUCAUACAAGCAGAAGGCCAUAAUAAUUAAACUGUGUUUAGUUCUAUACAUUUAUUUAGUCUUGCUUAAUAAAAAAAAAUCAACUCUGAGCUAAACUAGAGCGACAUUAAGGAUUAGGGAUGACACAGCUUGAGGGCGAAGGUCAAGGAAAGAGUAACAAUCAAGGACCCCCCCCCCCUCCAGAUAACAGACUGUAUCGAUAUAUAUCUUUUCUGAGAGUUUACACACAAAACACGUACAAAGAGAAUGUCCAUUUCAACCUUCCGCUCACAGCAGACUGACACAAGACACUCCCCCAUGGGACGCCAUAUGCUUCCGUUGCCCAUGCAUACAUGGGUCAGGUCAAAGUUCACAUCCGGUGUCACAUGAACCAAACACAGUAAAACAAGAUUCACACAGACAAAUCGAACCAUGGUCGGAUUUAAGGGAGGGCAGGCGGUCGGGAUUUCCCCAAGAAAGGGGCCUCCCACAAAAAUAUAUCGGAAUUUCGACGCGUCAGAAACUUUAUUAUUAUUUUUUUUACCAUUUUUAACGCUAACACUUUAAAUCUUACGUCGGGGGAAACAAUGUCACGUGAUUAAGAAGUGUCCGCUUGUAGUUUCUAGCAUCUCGGAAUAUGUAUAUACCGGAACAGCUCCUGAUUUACCAAGAGCCUUACCCUCCACAAACUCACUUUUUUAGAACUAAAAUAUGUAUAUGAAAUAUAUUUUUAAAGGAGAUUGAGAUUAAAUGUACAAACACUGUAGCUCUUUCUUUCUAAAAUAUGGCAUGCUUUUAGAUACAAGUAUUUGUAUUCAUAAGUGGAUCAUUAUUCAAGCUUUCGAAAGAGUGUAGGGGGCCUACAGAAAAACCUUGCCCCUGUGCCAGAGGCGUAGUGGGGGAGGGGCAAGGGAGCGCGAUGCCCAGGGCGCCACCCUCAGGGGGGCGCCACACGCAGCCUUUUUCUAUGUGAUGUUCACGGAAAAUUUGGGAGGGGGGCGCCAACAAUGUACCUUGUCCCGGGAGCAAGUUUUGCUCACUACGCCUCUGCAGGGGGCCUCCGCAUACUUCAAUCCGGCCCUGAAUCGAAAUAUCCCCCCAAAAAACCCCCACAAAAACGCAGAACAAAAAAUAGUUGCGAUUUAAAACAAAGAAAGAUCUAGUCCUACAAGACUAAGUAUAAUGUUCAUUUAGCUCCUACAAGCUACUCAUCCUGGGUAUUAACUUUUGACUAUCUCAGGAGUGAUACAUUUACAUACGCAUGAUCCGAUUCUCCAUUGUCAAAAAUGUAAUUAGUAUAUAGAUUUAUAAGUGAGCAUCAAUAAGAAAAAUAUAUGGUUGAAGGUAGCGUUUCUUUUGUAAAUACCAAAGCUAUCACUAUAGGGCAUUUUCUCCUUAAAAGUAUUGUUAUAAGUAAAAUACAAAAAAAGUUUAGAGAGUAAUGACAUUUUGUAAGAGUGAUUACUUUGCUCUUUAUGACUAAUGAAUCAUACAUUUAAAAAAAAAAUUAUUUAUUAACUAGCCCAUAUUUCCUUCACCGAAAAAAAAUCCUGGUUACGCCCUUGUUUAAAUCUAUUCGGUCUAUAUAUAAUUCUACAAUAGUUAUAUGGAUCCAGAUUAACAAACAUAAAAAAGACAGAAGUCAAGACUGAAUUGUACAAAAGGCAGUGCGCAAAAAAAGUUCCUGAACUUUGUUAUUUAACUUUUUUAGUGAAUAUUAACAGGAAUGUUGUCAACGGCUAUGAAUAAUUAUGCAAAAUGUCAAAAGUUGAUCAAAGAAUGUUAGAGAAAAAACGUAUACAAACUUUGUAAAAUUAAAGUAAUUUGAUGGUACCAUAUCCUUCAGACGUUGCGAUGAUGUCAAUCUGUUUCUAUGGCUAUGUCACGUGCCCAGCACAACGAUCAGCCGCCAUUAUUUCCCCAAAUGUUCUCCAGGUACCCAGGUUGGACUGAAGUUAGAAAUCCCAGGGUUCACUCGAGACCCUCUGGGUUUGGAAGCUUAGUGCUUAGCCAUUCAGCGACAACGCCCCCAGUAAGGGGUUAGCAAAUCAUUAAAAAAAAAAAAGCUCUAUCUCUCAAACACAAGGCACUUCCCCGAAACAGACUUAUCUAUGUAUCCGCCGCCGUAAAUAUAUCAAUGCGAGUAUCAAGAUUAAUCUCUAUCAGUAAACAUUUGUUUCCACUGCUCUUUUCUGUCGGUAUUGCAAUAAAUUAUUACCAACUAUCUAACCAAAACAAAUGUUGCCUCAUGUUUUGUUCAUGUGUCAUGGAAACAGUAAUAUCGAAAGUUCAGGACUAAAAAAUAAAUAAAUAAACAAAUCGCUGUGUACAAUAAUAGAACAUAGUGUUUAUAUAGUCUAAUCGUAUAAAAGCGAGAGGGCUAAUAUUCCUCAAAAUUUUGUUAAUAAACACAUAAAAGAGACUUGAGUUCUUUCAAAUUGUUCUAUAAAUCCAGUUAGUAAGUUAGUUCUACCAGUUUGGUUCUGUGGAUUGAACUGCAACUAGAAUAACCUAGGGAUGGGGGUUCGACUUUUUUUUUUACCACUAACUCAAAGUUUGUUUUAAAUGAAGGGACAAGAGAAAUAACUCGAGGCGAUCAGUAACAAGUUCGAUCGUCUAGAUUCAUUUGACCUUUUUUUUUUUUAAAAUACCUCUAUUCAAGUCAGAACUUCAUGGAAAAUUCAGGAACCUGGAAGGCUGAUCUCAAAAACGGCUUUAAUCAUUUUCCUAUAAAUUUAACAGUUGAUGUAUAUCGCUGAGAAGAAUUACUAGCUCGUCGGCCUCAUGGGGAAAACUCGAGUUUGACCGUUAUAAUUUUUCUAAGUAAAAAAAUAUAUGUAAAUUUGGUUUGAGAACUAGACUAAGAUCUAGAGCCAACAUCCGUUUUCAAAGGACAAUCGCGUACUUGGAGGCGUAUCGCGUUCGGGUAUUUCCAAAUAUCAGGCAUUAUUGAUUCAAGAGUUUUAAAAAAAUAAGGUUCAGGAAAAUGUGUGUGCAUCGUAUUCAAAGUCUAGAUUUAAAAGGCCUAUCAUGGGCCUAUCAUUGGAAAACAAAACAGGGCCUAGUAAGCUGUACUGUAAGACAAAAGUUGUUUAUUAAAUUUAAAGUUGCUUUCAGUUUAUUGAAAUGUUAUCUAGCUCUACAUAUAUUUACGUAAAUGUAAUACAGUUUACAUCCAGAUUUUAGAUCAGGAAUAGAUCUAGAUCUAGACUAGAUCUUAAGAGUUCUAAAACAGAAAACUAGUUCUAGAUGUCCACAUUGUGUAUAAAUAAUUGCAAAAGUUUGCAUUACCAGCAGGUCCAAUGGAUGACAUCGUUCGUUCAAGCAGCUGACGUCAUCACAAAAUCACGUGUUUGAUACUCGGUUUGAACGAAACAAUUUUAAAAAUUAUUAUUAUUUUUUAAUUUUAUAAUAUUUUCAGUUGCAUAAUUGAGAUACAGUCUUUUAUUUUUUAAAGUAGGCCCUAAUUUAAAAAAAAUAAUCUUUCUCUUGUUUGGCCUAAGAUGCAAACACUGCCGCUCCGGAAAUGUUCAAAUUAAAAUCCUUUUCUCAUGGCAUUAUUAUUUCCCUUUGAUUUGUUUCGACUGAUGACGUACCAUUUUAGAAUAGGAUCGUCUGCAACGCGUCGUCUUUCCCCAUUGGCUGAGCCUUAUUCUCCUUGUCCAGCACAGUUUUAAUAACAACACGACGACAAUGGAUACCACGUGACUCGGACCGAAUGAAUAGAAACUUGGGUUCAUACUUAGCUCAAUCGAAAUAGUGAUAAAGAAGGGCGGUCACUCUAGCUACAAAAGCCAUUAUGUUAGCAGACGGCGGUAAAGUAAAAAAAAAAAAAAAACACGUUGUAAUUAAUUACGUUUUGAUACAGCUUCGACCAAAUAUACAUUUCCUGACGAUAUUAUGUCUCCGAAGUAAAGUAUGCAUAACACACACACACACAUGUUGCUGGAUCAAAAUUACAAGAAAAAUAACAGGUUAUUAAUAGGUGGGAUGACCAGGGCAUAUGACAUACUCAAAAUGUUCUAAAAAUAGAACGCACUAGACGAUGUCAUUGCUAGAAGGGUCAAUUUAAAGUCAAUUGGGUUUUCGUCUUUCUAUGCACAUACAUCCCCUUACAUAAGUGGUUCUCAACCUUUUAAGCUCGGCGACCCCUUUUUACAAUCCCUCACUCUGUCGCGACCCCCCCCCCACCACACACACAUACAGCAAUAGAAGAAUGGGCAAAAACAAUCCAUAUUUUCGAUGGUCAUAGGCGACCCCUGGCAAAUCGUCAAUCGACCCCCAACGGGGUCGCGACCCACAGGUUGAGAACCCCUGCCUUACAUACACCUUCUUACAUACAUCACAAAAAGGAAAAAAAAAGGGGGGGGGUGCGGGUUUAGAAACUUUCACGGGGCACAACUGCGAGGAGCAAAUGUUAUAUUGAUGAACUGUAGGUUAGAAAACAAACAUGAUUCUCAAACUAAAGCAGGAAAAUGCUCCCAAUCAUCCCCGUUAAAUUCAUAGUGGAACAUACAAUGGAAAUCAUGGGGACUGCUGUUGAAUGAAACCAAAAGUGCACGCCAGAAACUGCUUUUAGCGGAGAAUAAAUUGAGUUGUCUCCCCUAGCCCACCUCAUACUAUGUCGUUGUCCCUGUCUCUUGCUGUCGUCAACGAUGUAGAUGUUGAAAUGUGCUGGCAAUCAUAAUCCCGAAUGCACACGCACACACCUGAUCUAGACAUGUUUGUUUCUUUGGCCCCACCACUGACAUCGGCCUGGACCAAAUAAAUGUUUUGUUCCCAGACUCAUACGAGUCAACGUGCAGCCAAAUAGGAUUUACUCCAGUGAUCUAUCCAUCCCAGUGGCGCUACAGCCCAAGGAGGGCUCUGUUUUGCUUUAGCACACAUCUCUCCAUUCUGAUCUAUCCUGGGCUUUACGUCUCCAUGCACCGGACUUUGAGCUGUUGUAGAUCUGCCUCUACGUCAUCAAGCCACAGUGCUCGUGGUCUGCCCUUUGGGGCGCCUGCCUUUUUGUUUUUUUGCAGGUGAACAAUCCUUGCUCCUCUGUUCUCUGACAUUCUUUCGAGGUGACCUGCCAAGCGUAAUCUGUUCCUUUUUAUUUCCUUUCUCUUCCAUUGAUCUAGGAAGCCGAGAAGAUUGGAGGCAAAGAUUCGAGUUGAAACAUGCGAUCCAAAGUGUUAUGUUUGGGGAACGAUUUCAACUUAAAAUUGAUUAGUUUGUAAUCUUGUCCUAAACCAAUACCGGGCACUAACUGUUUCUAUUAGGAUUCUAAGUAGCAGACGUUUCAUUAACAAUGAAAGCUAAUACGUCCUGCACAUAAACCAAACUCAGAAGUUUUACGGUCUGAUUCGGACAACCUCUUCAAAGUAAAAAAAAAAAAAGUUCCCUUUUCAGACCUUGCAAUCUAUAUGAGCAGAUGAUAUAAUAAUACGGGUCACCUGUUUUUUAUAGGCCCAAGGUUAACGAUGGGUGUCAUGUGACCAGCUCGACGACCAACCGCCUUUUACCUUUCCCCAACUUAUGUCAGGCACCCAAUAGAGCUGGGGGAGCCCUAAAGAUCAGGAAAUUAAUAAACCCAGUCUUCUAAACACCUGGGCUCGGAAGCCAAGCGCUUUACUAAGACGAAGCCAUGACAAAAAUAAAACGUACACUAUGUAUCGAACAUCGUUUAAACAUCUCGACACACAGACACACACAAAUCACACACACACACACACAAAUCUCUCUCUCACAUACGCAACAGGUUUUACGUGAAACUAAAAAAGAAAGCGGGACCCUGGAAAGAAACAAGAUUGUGGUGAAGAUCAUUGUGCAUAAUUUACUUCUUGUUUUUUUUUUUUUUUAUCAGUUGUUUGUUUGUUAACUAUGAGCUGAUUGGUCGAUGUUGCUUAUGUUAAACCUAGUUUCAUACAUCAAUGUUGCCUCGAUGAUAUGUUUGUUAAUGCCACAUUCAGAUUGUACAAAUACAUUGUGUACAUGUACCAUCCCACUUCAGUUCUUAUACAGCUUGUUACAUUCUCUCAACAAUGACGAGAAAAACCAAUAAAAGAAAUCUUUCAGACAAUCAAA